AACACAACUCUUUUGACACUCGCAAGAUGACCACGGCCCAGACGUCUCAGUUGACGCCUGCAGCCUUGCCCCCUUCCGUAUUCACACUUCCUCAGACUGCCCAACUUGAAGCCCUGUAUACGAUCAUCAGGGAUAAAACAACUAGCCGGGGUGAUUUUCUCUUCUACUCAGAUCGCAUCAUCCGGCUUCUUGUCGAAGAGGGCCUCAACCAUCUCCCUGUUGUCCCAAAGACCAUUGAAACACCUACAGGAUCAGUGUAUGAAGGAGUUGGUUUCGAGGGAAAGAUAUGCGGUGUAUCCAUCUUGCGUGCUGGAGAGGCGAUGGAGGCAGGAUUACGAGAAGUCUGUCGAAGCGUCCGCAUAGGCAAGAUUCUCAUACAGAGGGACGAGGAGACUGCUCAGCCAAAGCUUUUCUAUUGCAAGUUCCCAGAAGAUAUCGCUCAACGAUAUGUUCUCUUACUCGAUCCUAUGCUCGCAACUGGUGGAUCCGCAAUUAAAGCUGUAGAAAUACUGAAGGAACAAGGCGUACCAGAAGAACGAAUCAUAUUCAUCAACCUGAUCGCAGCGCCUGAAGGCUUGAAGAGGUUCUGUUCCAAGUUCCCCGCAUUACGCGUCAUUACGGGAUGGAUAGAUAAAGGACUCAAUGAAAAGGCAUUCAUCAUACCAGGUCUUGGUGACUUUGGCGAACGACGAUAUUGUGAAUGAGACAAUUUGAAUCUGGAUGCAACGCCUUUUUUUACACAGGAUGUUGUACAGUGUAUAUCCGCCUUCGAAUUGACAUCGCCUUCGAUAUGACUUCAAUGGUGUGUGGAUGUGAAUGGUUGCUUCAUUCCGCAGUUUCGUAUUAGUGCUAUACAUCUUCGAGGAUACUAGUGCCGUACUUCCUUGAAGAUAUUAGAUCACUUGCCUGUUAUGGUAGGGAGCACUUACAAUGUCGGGCUACAUAAUAUGAGUGGUCACUUAGGUGAAACGUCCAUACGCGAC